AUGGCUCACGCUCCUCGAAACAUGGGUUCAAGAGCAGGGGCAAGAAACAGAAGAAGCGUGGAUGUUGAAGCCAGAAUCGUCCAAAGCGGCAAUUUUGAAUACACAUCUCACAAUGACGAAGUAACGCCAGGAGGAGGUGGACGUCCUAUGCUAAUAGAACGCAUGAUUCAUCAAAAGAAUGUUUCAAUAGAUGUCAUGGACGGGUACGAUAAGAACGUCAACUCCACUCUUAACCACCAUUCAAUCUACCAUCUGUAUGAAUACGAAGCUCAAACCAUGUUUCUUGAUUCGCUUAUCCCGUCACUCUUCGGAUUUUAUGAAAUCCAAACCCGAUUCCUCUGUUGUCGUUAUGUCAUCUGUGAUAUUGAUGAUUGGAUGGGGAGACGCAAGUCUAUCGAGUUACUAGCUAUCCGCAAGAACGGUGAUAUCUACAUUGGCUCAAACAAGAAUAUGGAUGGAAGAAACGACACCGAAGAAAACAAUGCUGCUGCCUUCGGGGGUUUGAACUUCGCGAAGAAAGUAACAAAGGAAAUCUUCCCAUCGACUUUCCGCAAGCACCACAGUGUAGUGAAGCAUUGGUGCAUUGAAAACCAUCGAUUUCACAGAAAAAUGAAUGUUUUCAUUUCGAGUGUGGCUCGGGCUUUUGAUUCCAGUGGAAACGUCGUUGAAUUGAAAACUGUUAGCUCAAACAGUAUGGGAAAAGUUCAAAAUUUAUCAAGAACAAAGGCCCGAAUGUGGUGGCUGCGAGCCCUUUUGAGUGGUGCCAAUCGCAUUGUUUAUGGCCUCCGUAUGGAUAACUUGAUCGUUAACGAGAUUCUGGAGGCGUCCAUUGAUGAGUUCACCAAGGGACAUUUCCGCUUCUCUGAAGCAGACCUUUUUUCAGAAGUUUUCAAGAUUUUUGAAAAAAUUGACCGAACCAUAAUUGAUGAAGAAUCCAUGUGCCUGAUCAACUUGGAAAAAUUUGAACCAAUGAAAGUCACUUUGACAACCAGCGAAAGCAUCCGCCGAAGCCCAUUUUGGUGA